AUGAAGUUCGAGCCCUUGGAGUCUCCAGUCGCGGACGAAUUCGUCAGGAUCAUCGGUUCAGGUCUGGAGCCCUCUGACAAAGAUGAAGAGGAGAAGCUGGAGGAAUCCGAUCAGAGCCAAGUUCAGGAGAGUAUCUCGAUCUCGGAGACUUACCAGCGAGCUGCCAACUACAUUGCGGAUUUUCAGGCCACCCGACGGGACAUCGUCCGAGCUGCCCCGUGCUACGAAGCCUUAAGGGGCUUCGGCAGGGCUUUUCGGUUCCCGAAAGCUGCAAACUACCACAGGAGCUUUCCGACAGACAACAUUCAAGAGUUUUGGUCUCACUCUUGGCAUGGAAGCGCUCUGCGGAAGAUUUCCACACUUAUGGUGCAGAAGAACGGCCUUGCAGCCAUCUCUGCAGGAUCGUUGGCGUCACUUCUUCUUGUCGGUCUUUUCGCGGGUGGCUAUCUUCCUGGCUAUGAAAGGGCACCUUUCCAGCGGACGGGGAGGGACUCCUACUUGUUCGGCGUCUGGGGAAUGGUGGGAGGAACUCUCGUUGCAAUUGUUACCAUUAUCUUCUGGCGGUGUCGCACCCCGGUGUUCGUCGAUGUCAUGUGCAUCCACCAGUCAGAUCCAAGCUUAAAGUCAGAGGCUCUUCUGAGCAUGGGAGCUUUCUUGCAGAGCUCUGAAUCCUUACACGUUUGGUGGGAUGAGACGUUUGUGGAGAGGCAGGGUGGCUCCAGACUGGUCUAA